CUUCUAACGAACCUGCUAAGACUUCGUUAAAAUAUUUAAAAUUUAUCCUACAUAAUGACAGCUGACAAUGAAGAUAGCACAUUGGAAUCGACUCUUGAGGUUCUAGCUCGAGCAACCAAGCAUACCAAUUCUUUGUUAAAAACUUUGAUAGAAUCGUCUGCGAGUGAAAAUACACCAAAUAAACCGAAUCGCAAUGAGCGAAGCAACUCGUUGUGUUUGAGUUCGUCGGAUUUGCGAGCUCAUCAUAGUGAGCCACACUCGCAUUUUCAUCGUUCGUCUCUCGGAGGUUGUCAAGAAGUGCUGGUCAAAUUCGGAUUUCUUGAAAUUUACCAAAUCAGUACAAAGUCUCAGACUUUUAAUGCCGAAGUUCUCAUUCAACUGCGAUGGUUGGAUGAGGCCGUGGAGGAUCUGGCGGAUGAGGAGUUGGAUGUCUACCUGCAGUCCUGUUGGCAGCCGGAGGUGCAUGUGUUCAACAUGGUGAAGGAGGAUGUGAAAAGGGAGCAGAUAUUCGUGUGUGAGGAGGAGGCGAUGAACUCCCAGCAGAUGAUUGUGCUCCGACAGAAGAUCAAAGGAACUUUCCAGACGAAGAUGUUGCUGCAUGAGUUCCCUCUGGACUACCAGGAGUUGCCAUUGACACUCUACUCGAGACUUCCGAGAGAUCAAGUGGUGCUCAAACAGGACCACUUCGAGUACUCCUACAUCAACAGGGACAACAUGAAUGACCCACAAGGCUGGGAGAUGUUCUCACACGUGGACAUUGUUGAGGGGAACCCCAACUCUAUCCCCCCUACUAAUUUCUUUCCCAGUGACAACUCAAAAGACGAGAAGAAAUCGAAGCCAUUGAAGUCACUGCAAGCAUUAGAGUCUGUCAAAGCCAUCACCAAGAACCAGAAAACUUUUACAGGAAGUGGAAAAUCUAAGAACAAACAUGGCAUCAAGCACCCCAACCACAGCAACCUAGUUUCGACAAUGAGUUCAUUUCUGAGUGCCCGAUGUCGAAUCAAGAGGAGGUCUCAGUUCUACGUGCUCAACAUUUUAUUCGCCAUGUUGACGCUCAUUUGCCUAUCUUUCGUACCCUUUUCUAUUGAAAGCGAGUAA